AUGCUAUUACAAGAUAUUAAUGAAUACACAAAUAACGACGAAAAUUCCGUGGAAAUAAACACAAAGAAUGAUUUUAUUAAUCAAGAAAAUGAAAUGCACGUAAGUGUAAUAAAGCCAAUCACAAAAAAGGUCAUUCACUGUGAAGAUACAAAAAUAAAUGCAUUUUAUAAGCCAGUGGAAUUAGUUGAAGAGGUUAACACUUAUGUUAAAAAGGGAGAUGAAUAUCUUGUAAAGUUAUAUGAAAACAUUAAAAAAUUAUAUAAAAACAAUAAUGAAAGUAAAUUAAAAAGUGAUAUGGGAUUGAUGAAAUAUAAUGCCCAAUAUAACAUAAAUAAUAGUGUUAAACAAGAUAUAAAAAAUGACAACGUUCAAUUUAAUUUAUAUAAAGAAUGCAAUAAUGAUACACCAAAAAUAGAAACACUUUUUAUACCAAAAUUAGAAAAAAAUAUUGAAGUUGUUAAUUGUUUAAAAGAACAUAUAAAUGUUGAUUAUACUUAUUUAGUUCCAAAACCUGUAGUUAUACCAGUUGAUGUUCCUAUACUAAAAUUUAGGGAUAAUUAUAAAGUUGUACCAAUACGAAAAAAAAUUAUUCCACGUAUAAAAUAUACUGAUGAAGUUAUUUAUGUAGAUUGUUGUAUUGAAAAACCUUAUAUAGUUUAUGACGAUAUUAUACUACCAAUACCAUGUGAUGUUCCAAUAGAAGAAAAUAAAUACAUUGAUAAUGCUCCUUUAAUAUCUGAAUAG